AUGACUGUCGGCCUGAAAGUGAAAUUGAUUGCUGCCUCCCCCUUUCUCUUCUUUCAGGACCCAGAUCCAAGCCGCCUUCGCUUGAGUAUGGUCUCCCUUAACUUCUGUGUCAGUGAACGCAUCCUUGAGCCCGAGGAUCGACCCUGGGAACUGCUGAACACUGUUCGCCAGGAGUCCUGUCGUGCUCUGCAGCUGACUCGCUUCUGUCUGCGCUACAAGUUGGAGCCACGCCUCGGCACGGUGUAUCUGUUUGUGGGUAACCUGAAGGAGAACCUGUCAGAGUGCGCCUACGAACGUCUGCUGGCAAAAAAACUGGGCGACCAAUUGAAAUGGGACUCCAUUGAGACCAUCUACUAUGAGAGCGUUCUGCCGUACGUGAAGAAAACCUUGGAAGCCAUCCGUCGCCUUGUCAUACUACUCCGAGUUGGAGUUGCACACAGACCGGAGGCAGCUAUCAGGCGUCAGGUCAUGAAGCCGAAGCCCUGGAUUGACACAUCUAACCAGCCUAUCAGCUUCGGGAACGGCAACUACAUUUCGAACAACGGUAAGAUCGCCGAAAAAAUGACAAAAAAAUGUCUCGCCCCGCUCGGUGUCCAGUCGCAAAAGUUGGCGCGCCUUUCUUCGCCUUCUGCAUAA